AAACAUCCACCAUAGAGUGCAGUGAUCAGGAGGAAUGGAUUGUAAUAUACCCCCAAGCAAUGUGAUUCCUGCAGUAGCUGCAAGGCUAAAAUAUUAUGUUGAAGUUCAAAGAAAAGAAGUUGGGUUCGAUCUGUCUGUAAACCAAAAUGAAACUGUUGAAAAUUAUAAACUGUACCAACUUUCAAAGGGCCAUGCGCCUCAUCAAAUCCAGAGAAUCAAGAAGAUAUUUUUGGAUAAUCAGAUGGAAACAUCUAUUCGAAUAUGCUCUGCAAAAGUAGUUGGAGAACAAAACAAAAAGAUACAUAUAGAUCCAGAGAAGAAACAACAUGUACAAAGAAAAAUAAAAGAUAAAAUGUCAUCUAUUUCUAAUAAGGAUCUCAAUACCGCUAACAAUAUUUAUCCAAGAAGAGUUUAUGUAAAACCCAGAACAAGUGACUUGGAAGAAAUCUCUUCACAUCUCUAUGAAACUUCUCCUCCCGAUAUGUCUCAAGAAGAAAUUACAAGACUUAUCUCCUCAGCUGCAAAACUCAUCGUAGCCACUACUUCAGGAAAACCCCAUCAAUGGGUUCCUACAUUUCAUAAGGAAAAACUGCCUUCUUCAAAAUGGAACAAUUCCCAGAGCCUUUUACCUUAUCAUCAGAAGAACAGAAUUGGCAGUAGUUCAAAGACGAAGGUGGAUGGGCCCCGAUAUUCCUUAUGUUUGAAGAUUCCAUCACAAGAAUCCUGCUCAGGUCCAGAUUGGCCAUCUCAUGGUGAAUCUGUUAAAACGCACAGUAAGGAAGACAUGGACCUUAGCGUUAACAAGAACCAAACCGAAAUAGACUCUAAGGAGACCCACAAAGAUGAUGUUGAAUAUAAAAUUACAAUACACACUGGAACAAGAUCUACGUCAGAAGCCAAGCAGGUCCUGUUGAUUACAUUAGUUGGUGAAAAGGGCAGAACUGAAAAACAAUACCUUGAAAACUCGUCAGCUAAUUCCAUCCCUUUCCGUUCGGGACAGGUGGACAUCUUUAAUCUAAAGACAAAGAACGUCGGAAAACUAAAAUAUGUAAUAAUAAGGAUGAAAGAUAGAGAUGCAAACUGCAGGUUCUAUUGCAGGGAUAUUAUUGUGAAGAAAGAAAAAACUGAAGACGAGAAUUAUAUUUUUCAUUGUAACAAGUGGCUUUCUUCAUUUCAAACCGUAGUACCCAUACAUGCACACACCAAAACAAGUGCUUCUACACCUGUUCCUCCAAUAGAUGACUUACAGGAAAAAACGUGGACAAAAAACGAAAAGUAUAAAGCUAAAAUUAAAAAAUUUAAAGAUGGAAAAGUCUCUUCUAAGCUACUUUCAAAGAAGGCUGAAAAGUCCACGUGCGGAAGAAGGGAAGUUGUGAAAGAAAGUAAUUCAGGAGGCUUAGGAACAGCAUUUUUUUCAACCCCGAAAUCAAAGUCUCGUGUCUCACCCACAUCUGUGGGAACAAAAUAUUACAUGUCUGUGUUUGGAAACUCCCAAGAGGUAUUGAAUAGUUCAGACAAUAAAAAUUAUUUGAAAACAACUUCAGACGAAGAAUUGGAAUCAAAUAAAAAAUGUUCCACUUUACUGCCUAGCCCGAUGGACUCGCAAGCCAAUACCAUGAUGGAAAAUACAAACGAAGGUUCAUUGGGUGAGAACAACAUUUUAGAAGAUGAGAAAAACUUUGGUCCUGAUGUAGAUCUGCAGAUCCAGAAUACCAUCCCAGGAGAUGUUGUGAAAGAGCAUAGAAAAGCAAGCAGUCCAGUCAGCUAUGUGUUCUUUUCACAUGAGUUGAAGGGGGAUUCUCCUCUUAUAAUCGAGCCAUACAGACAUUCUCCAACAGAGAACAUCAGUAAUAUAGAUAAUCAAAGCAAGAGAGAACGUAAAAUGUCAACACCUGCUCUGGCUGUGGAAACCCAGUCAACCACUUGUGAUGAAGAGAACUAUAAUGAUAGAACCUCAAAGCAUCCCUUGCUACAGGAGACUCUUCAAGACCUAAUAACAAAGUCAAGUGCUAGCUCAGUUGCAGCUGAAUCAGAUCCCAUGGAUGGCAACUUGGAAAAUAUAGAAAAGGCAGGUCGUCAUGUUACUCAAGAUAACUCGACUGGACACAAUGAAUUCCAAAUAGUUCCAGUGGCUCAGAUGCCGCAGUCAUUAGAAAAUUACAGUUUGGGUGAUGGAGAUGAAAGCAUCUACGUGUCGGACACAACCCUGGAAGAGGAUUAUUUGUUCUCGGAUAGAUCUUCGGCUUUACAUUUUUCAGAAGAUGAAGAAUCAAAUACUGACAGUUCAGGCAGCAAGUCAGAAAAUACUUUUAGGAAAGACAUGAGGAGAAAAGUAACGAAACCAGCUGUGAUAUCAAAAAGAUCGGAGUCCGUGGGAGACAGCACACGUAUUUUUCAAAUUGCUUUAGCUGCGAUAACGAAUAACGAUACAACCGAACUUAAGAAUCUGUGCCGUCGCAAUUUCUUUCUGCUCAGUUCAACAGACAAAGAAGGUAAAACGCUCCUUCACCAUGCAGCAAGUCAAGGGAGUGACAACAUCUGCCAGGUUCUUCUAGCGACAAAUGUUGGGAUGAUAAACAUUGACAGACAGGAUAUUUUUGGAAAGACAGCUUUGCAUUAUGCUAUGGAAAAUGGUAACAACAAGACGAUAAAAUUACUGUUGAAUAAUGGAGCAAAGCCAGAAUUUCCUGAUGAAAAUUCCAAAACUUUCUGGAUGUUACAUUGAGAUAAAUACAAGAGAAGUGAUAAUGAUAACGCAAGGAGGUGACAAUUGUGAAUAUAUCCAAAAAAAAAAAAGAUACAAAGAACGAAGUUCAAUCUAGAGA